ACAAGGGUGCAGCGAGCCUCAGCAGCAGGCUGCACUCUGCUCUCCCAGCCGGGCGCACACAGACAAUGCAGCUCCCAGGAUGGCACCAGCUUUCGCAGCACUGACGGUGGGAGUGGCCGUGUCCCUGUGCCUGCAGGUCUAUGGUGAGAGUCUGUCCAACCCAGGCAAUGUGCAGUUCGUUGCUGACAUCCUCCACCACGUGCUGCACUGGGAGCCUGGAGUGGAACACACCAGUGAAACCUCGUACGACGUGCAAUACCUGGUGUAUGGGAGGCAGUUUCCCUGGACAGAACGCACCUCUGGCUGGACCCGGACAAGAGGUGCUUUUUCCCCACAAGAAGCUACUCUGCGUCUAGCAGACGUGAGACUCUUGGUGGAAGGCAACACCAUACACGUGAAACUGAAGCAAGUGCACCUGAGCGUGGGGAACAAGACGGUCUCAUUCAAAGACAUACAAAAGUACGGCAGACAGUACAGGACGUAUGUCAGGAGGUCGACAGACACGCUCCAGCAGGUGCAGGAGGAGACCAGCGAGGAGUUCGACAUCCCCGGGCUCCUUUGGGGCGAGCGCUACUGCGUCAGCGUAGAACCGCACAUCCUCUCCAGGCCGGUCCCCUCCAUCCGGACGGAGGAGACGUGCGUCACGAUCCCCGAGAACGAUGAGCACACCGGGAUCAUCUCCGUCAGCGUUGGCAUCUUCCUCCUCAUCUUAUUGGGCACCAUCCUCCUGGGCACCCUGCUGCUCUGCGCAUACAUGAAGAAACCCGUCAGGACCCCGGCCAUACUGAAGUCUCUCCUAAAGCCCUCCGGGGCGGAACACGAGCCCUUCCCCCUGGGGGCCAGCGGGACGGUGUUGUGCCUGGACGAGGAGCCCAUCCAGCAGCUCUCCGUGUGCCAGAAGGACUCUGCGCCGCCCAGCAGCACAGAGAGCAGCUCCAGCAGCGCCCCGCAGCCCCCAGCCUGGGGCUGCGUGUUCCUCACCUUCCCGGACGGCCCCGGGCACCUGCCGGAGCUGGAAGGCCUGGCCGGGGGGGACAGCAGUUGCAACAGCUUGGACAGCGGAAUCAGCCUGCAAGACUCUUCCUCCGGCCUGAGCCAGUUCUCGGCCAGGCAGCAGCCGGGGGGCGACGACAGCGGCGUAAGCCUGGCGGGGACGUGCUCCCCCGGCUGCAGGGACUACUCCGCCAUGGAGGAGGGGCUGGGGCAGCCUGAGGGAGAGCGGGCCGGUUCCCCUCCGGCCCGGGGACUCAGCCAGGAGGCUGCAGCGUUUCGUGGGUACCUGAAGCAGCCGAAGGGCACAGCAGACGGGCAGGGCCACAGAGCCAGGGGGGUGCUGCCCCCACAGAGCCCUGGCGGGACAGACGUCUCGCUGGAGACGGGCUGCUCUGAGCCUGCCUUGGCCAAAGGCUACUUGAAGCAGGCAUUGCCGGGGCCACCCUGUGGCGGCGCAGACACGCCGCUCACCGGGGAGUCGGGCCUGCUGGGCUUCCCCAGCUCCAGUCUGCUGCACUACGGGGCGCUGGGCAUCACGGGACCCUCGAAACCCCUGCCCGAGGCGCCCAGCGCAUGGGGCCUCUUCAGCACGGACCUGCUGCGCAGCCUGCCUCUCAUCUCCAGCCUGCACUCCGGGGAGCGGCUCCACCUGGAAAUGGAGCCCCUGAGUCUGCUGGGGGCGGGCUGCAAGGACAGUCGCCUCUAGGCCAGGCGGGAGAGGAGCUGCGAGGCCGUGGAGCCGGAAGGGAGGUGCCAGCCUCGCCGGCUGCGCUCGGACGCUUUGUUCUCACCUACCUCAUGCAGCGUGUCCCUCCGGGAGCUGCUGCUCCGAUAAGCUAUUGCCAGCACCUUGCCAGCGUGCUCGUCGUGCUGGCCGCCGGGGGAGACCUCAGCACGGCAGGGCAGAGACGACUGCUGCCUUCCUCCCCACGCACGGGCCAGCCUCCGUCAAGCACAGCCGCUGGCCAGGGCGUUCCGGGCGAUUCCCACGCUGCCUCUCCCAGCCCUGCCCACGCAGUACAGGGACGGUCUCUCCCCGGCGGGAGCACAGACAAAGCCUGCGCGGAGAACGGGAGGGAGGCAGUAAGCUGAACAGCACCGUGCCGCAUGUCUGCGUGGACACUAACUAGUCCUGGGGCCCGAGACGCCCCGUCCCUCUCCUGUCUCCCGCCAGCGCGGCCGGGGCAGCAGCAAGAACCUGACAUAUUUAUGAGCGUUGUACGGUGGCCACUGGAAAUGUUUUGCCUCUUUUGU